GUAAAGAGCAAAGGCGAAAAUCGUUGGACUGUAGCUAGUCGCUUUAAUCAAUAGUCGGUCCCCUGGCAUUCCUCUCGACAGCAUUACUACAGAGAACUCAUUACGGUGCUAGUACGCAUGUGAAAUACUCACUUCCUGUAACCUGCCAUAAUAUUGAACAGCUUUCACAAGAACAUCAGAGGAAUAUGCCCCAAUAUUGAGGACGUGAUGACUUAGGAGGGGCGAAACAGGGCGAUGUACAUGAAGAGCCCCUCGAAGGGGCCAUAUCUAAACCGAGUGUAAUGGCUGAAGGGAUUCUAGAAGGAGCCACAUCUAACCGGAGCGUAAUAGCUGAAGGGGUUCCAGAAGGGGUCACAGCUAAACAAAGCGUAAUGGCUGAAGGGGUUCCAGAAGGGGUCACAGCUAAACAAAGCGUAAUGGCUGAAGAGAAGCAGGCAGGUAGUGCCGCGCAUGAUGAAGACUGGAUAUGGACAAAAGAUCUAAUUGAGAAACCGUCUAAAGAAAUCAUCAAGUUGAUGAAAGAAGACCCAGAACUUAUAAGUAAAAGGAUAACUGUUGUUUGUUCACAGGCAUGUAAUUGCUCCAAGACUUUUGAAACACUUGCAUUUGAUGAAUCAGCAUCUACGGAAGACAUUCUUCAAAAACUCAGGACUCUUAUAGAACGUGGACGCUGUCCCCAUAUGUUCGCAGAAGCAAAUACGUCACCUGGUCGAAAGGUCGCAAAACCAUUGCAAACACAAGACAUACCAGUUUUCAGUUCACAAAAAAAGAAUGAAAGUGUCACACAGAAAGUAACUAAGCAGUGUGAUGAGACGGUUUUUGCGGGAAUCACUGCCAUUCAUGUUGCCAGUACAUUUGGAAAGGUCAAGGUCGUAGAGUAUAUUGUAAAUGCGAAAAACGAAAGAGAGCCGUUUGGCUUCAGUAUAGAUAGUGAGGAGGUCAUGACCUCUGUGCACAAGGUCGAACCCUAUCAACUUGCUGUGCUCCACCGACAGGACCAAAUACUGGGGAUUAUGACAUCACACAUCACCUCGAGUAAGCUCUACACAGAUGCGUAUCAAAAUGUCUUCCAUACAAGUAUGAAACUGGCCGUGCAGGACGACAACUCCCGGUCUCUCAAAAUCCUCGUGUCUGGCGGUCGAGGUAUAACUCAAUAUUUGAUACACCAUUGCGCUUUUCUCAUAGCAAUUCAGAACCGCCGUAUGAAGUGCAUUAAAUGUCUGGUUAAGAAGGGGGUGAAGCUAUGGCCCCUCACUAUAUCGAGAAUUGUCUAUCGGUGUCCGUGCCUGCUAACGAGGGACGACGUCAUCAAGGACCUGCUUUUACAGGAUGAUAACACUAUUGUGAAAGAGCUUCUUCAAUUGAAAGGAGUCGGCUGUCGCUAUAUGCUGUAUUAUGCUGUCUUUUACGAUAACACUUCAGUGGCGACCCACAUCCUCGAAAACUACAAAAGGAGGUUAUUGAAGGAAAAACCUUACCAUGAACUCCCAGUCGUCAUACAGGCGGUCCUGAACAACUCCACGAGAAUAUUGGAGAUCUUACUACAGAGUAACUAUGCUCAAACUCGGUACAAACAUUACACAGCGCUAAAUUGGGCUCGGGCGUUCCAUUAUGAUCGGUGUGCUUUGCUGCUGGAGAACGCAGGUGUACCGUAUGACAUCGAUGCUACACAGAACUACCCACCUCUAGUGAUGCUGUUUGAAGCAAACAUCACCAGUUUUUACUACAGCAAAUCUGCCCUUAUUUCAAGGCUGCUAGAACAUGGAAAUGACGUGAAUCGUGAAUCAGUAAACGGGAAAACAGCGCUGUACACAGCACUUGCGUCCCGAGCCUACUCCUCGGUACGGCAGUUGCUCAUGGCUGGGGCUGACCCCUUCUUCGGACGGAACUGUCUCACAAAUUUCCUGUCGCUCAGACUUAUAGGGGAGCUUCUUUAUGCAAAUGUUGACAUUUUUCGAAGCCGCCAUGAAGGAUCACUUCUACAUCAGGUUCUGUUUUCUUUUCCAGAUUUACAAAGUCAUCUUUCACUUUUGUUACAACAUGCUCACACAAUACCUAAAUGCAACAUAAAACUGCUUACCGCGUUACAUGACAGUACUACUUUGUCUCCUCAUACAUUAGACCAAAUUAACAGGUUCUUAUUGACGCCGAAGACUCUAGUGCAUAGAUCCCGUGACGUUGUCCGUAGUAACUCUGGGUACAAAAUACACGACCUUGUCCGUACAUCCAAUCUUCCAUCUCAAAUUAAAUCCAUAUUAACUCUGGAAGGAAGCUUAGAAUGUUUCUUAUCGCUGUCAUUCGAUGAAAAGAAAGUAACAUGACCUUUUCUGACAGUAGAGUUGAGAUAUAUAACGCUCACCAACAAGAACAUGCAGAACAACUGCACUUGUUAUAAAUGUCAUUGUUUUAGACACAGCAUCCUCGUAACUCCAGAAGUUACGCUCACUUUUGUACCCAUGGAAUAUGUCAUAGCAAAAUUGAAGGCUCAGUGUGCGCAACCUUGUUGAUCACACUGGUUCGAUCCUUUGAUGUACAUCAAAAGAAUCUCACGGUCGCGUAACGGUGAUAAAAUUGACUGGCUUUGAAGUCGGAUGCCGCCCUUUUUUAAUCUUCGUGACAUAACAGUCAAUGGUGAUAUAUGUGCGGAUAUGAGUUUCCUUGAAUUUCUACACUCAGUUAUUGUGAUAUUAUCAUUUUUUUUAUCGGGAUACGUACUUGCGCCCAUUAAAAUAUUCACCAUUCACCGGUAAAAUCCAUGUUGGUCUUGCGUUAAAAUCGCAAUUGGCAUGUUGUUUCUACCUUCAGUAUACUGUAUACUUAAUAUAUUCGCUGUUAUGAUAAAAUCGCCCUCGUUACAUUGUGUUUUUUUAGUUUUACGGCGGAGAAAAGGUCCCCUUACACAGUUUUGUUUUGUAUAACGUAAUGUAUUUUUGUACGAUCUGUUACUUAUAUUUCACUCAAUAGAAUAUUUAUGAUUUAUAGUGAGCUAUAAUAGUAGCAAUUAUCUUCGCAUAUCUGAUUAGGAAAACUGGAUAUCCAAGCCAACACUAAAAAAGAAAAUGUUCACAAAACCAUUGUACAAAUCGAAAUAUUUAGUUCUUUACUUAAACAUGUGCUAAAAAGAAAAUGCAUACAAUAUUUUCAUAACAGUAAGCAAUUUCGUCAUCAGUAUUUCAUCAUGUACUGAACAUUUCGUGAUUUGUCUAGCUUUCUUAAGUGAUGGGUUUAUGUCAGUUUGGUCGAUAUGAUUAGUUGCUCAAAUGCACGCGUGUACCCGCACUCAACAAAACAAACUCACCUAGACGAGUCGAACAUGGAUCAUCAUUUCACGUUUGCAGCUUGUAAACCUGUUAGUAAAUAAUACAUGCAUGUGCGUAUUAAUUUCACAGUACGUGUUUAAAAUCUAAUGAAAAAUAUCGUUUCAUCGCCAACAAAAGACAUGGGUCGAUGCAAUCAAGGAAGGACAAUCGGUAGCAACGUGUAAAUUGUCGUUAAACUUGUUGGACCCCAGCACCACCGAUGAGAUCUAGAAGGAUGUAUGAUGCGGUAUUUAUCAUUUGUUUGGUAAACUGUAUCUAUUUUAAAAUUGAGAAGGUGCAAUAGCCCUUGUUUGUAUUACAUUCAUCAUCAGAUGUACCACAUUUUAUAUUAAACCUACGUGCAAGAUUAAUUUGAAAUUGACGCGAUAAUCACUUAGUUUGGUGCCAGUGUUGCAACAGCGUCUGGUAAAAUCAAUGUCGUCAUACACAGAUGUUACGUUGCAUUCUCGUCUCAAAUACUUUCUAGUUAUAUACAGUAAACAUUCGAUCUAAUGACCCUGAUAUUCAUAUGUUGUUGCGAAAUAAGCAAACGGAUUAGACACAAUAUUUUUCUAACUUAUUCAGUCCCAUUCAUUACAACAUAUAUACAAUAAUAUUACAAUACAUGGCAUCACGCAAUGGUUGCAAACAGUGUUGAUAAUGGUUAUAAAUUCUCGUAAUUAAGUUGCAACCUCACUUACUUCCUUUGUUCUUCUCACUCGAUAUGUCGACAAACCACUUUAACGUAAGGGCACCCGAAAUGGAUCACUUUUCAUAUAUAUAAUGUGGCUUGCCUAAUUUCCAAUGUAAAUGGAUUGUAUUAUAUUCUAAAUAAAAAAGUAUGUAGAUAUAACCAAUUCGAUUUUUUUUUGUGUCUGACUGCCCUUAUGUGUUGUUUUUAACUGAAAUAAUGAAAUAAUGAAUAAAGAAAAUGAGAAACAUUCCAGGGAUAUAGUGCGGUUAUUCUUAAAAUAAAGAAACAUAUUAUAAGUUUUGUCAGUUAUUUUCAUUAACUUACUGAUAUGAUGAGAUGUUCCGUUUUCGAUAUCCGGCAAACUAAAAUUACCAAGUGAACAUGACUGAACUAAAUUGGCUCUAAUAAUAGACACACACAUUGUUGAUAUCUGGGAAAAACACAAAAUAAAUUAUUCAGCGUCUAUUAUUGCAUUAAAUAAACAAAUGAUUCACAAUAACUAAAUGGGAAAUAUAAAUAUUUUUCUUAAAAUAAAUGGUUUCAUUUUGGGUACCUUCAAAUUAUAUACCGAUAUACAGAUGACUAGACAAAUGGUGGCAGUAUAACGAGGUUUUACUGUAUUUGAUACUGCAGGCUUCUGACGCUUAUUGUUUACCAGUAAAGCAAAACAAGUGUGAGAGAACAGCAGAAUGCAAUGUAAACAUACCAUAGUAUCCAUGGAAACGGUUGUUACUCAAGAAAUUAUCAAUAUAAAAUCGCUUACAUUGAUAUCCAAAUACUACGCCACGUUAACAUACCAAAGUAUAUAUCGAAACGGUUGUCAGUCAAGAGAUUAAUAUUUUGUUAUUCUCUUACCUUUUUAUUCAGAUACUGGGCAAUAUUAACAGAUCAUAGUUUCCAUGGAAACGGUUGUCACUCGUGAGAUUCUCACUUCUAAUUAAGAAGCGUAGGAUUGUUUUGUUUACUUUCACUUACAGGAUAUCAGAAUGUUUUGUAACGGUUCAAUAUUUGCACUAAGAAUAAAAUGGUGUCACAGCACGGUAUUGGUCCAUUGACAUAUUGUUUUAUACUUAAGUCCCUGGUGCCUGAGUGUGAAAAAUUUCUGAAUUGAAAAAACGUGAUUGUGAUAAUAUCUGAAUUAAUUCAAGUUGAGAUCACCUUUGAUGUUGUUUUUGUUUUAGAGUUCUAGACCAAGGUUACUGGGUGUUAUUGAUCUCUGUUAUGAUGUUUGAAUCGUUCAUUCGAAACGUUAGAGUUAAAUGAGUGUACCGUGAGCAUCUGAAUAGCUCCAUGAAUAUUUGUUCAUACUAACGAAAUCCAUAAUAAUAAAUUACAAGUGCUUUUUGAAACAUGUAGGCUUUCCAGGAAAACCUGGGGUGUUAAUUAUCAAUAGCCAAAGAGGCACGCCCAUUUAGUGUUAUGCGUUCUCAUCCAGAAGUUCGUUCCGAAUCAAUUGAUUUAUUAUAAUUUUUCAACCACCUUUUUCUAAAUUGCAUGAAGAAUUUUUAUGAUAUUUUUGUAUUCUCUUUAAAAUAAAUAAAACAGCACAUUGUUAUGCAAAGAUUGCUUGGUUUAUUUAUCCCUUAGUGUUUCAGAAUAUGAAUAUGAGGAUAACUGAAUAACCACAUAUAACGUCAUGCUAUCACGUUAUGUAAUUGUAUGUUGCCUCUCGUUAGGAAAACAUCAAAAGCCUUAUAUAACACCGAACCACAAUCUCGUUUGAUAACUAUUAAUAUCAUGAAUAACGCUAGACUGAUACGUUAGGUAAAUAUCAAUAACCAAAUAUGACGGUAGACUACGUCGCAAGGUAAUUAUCAAUAGACAAAUAUAAUGCCAGAAUAGCACGUUGUAAUUAUAAAUAUUCAUAUAUGAAGCUAGAAUAUCACGUUGGUAAUUAUCAAUAUCCAAAUAUAACGCUAGAAUAUCACGCUGGUAAUGAUCAAUAUUCAAAUAUGACGCUAGAAUUCAUCGUUAUAUUACUUUUUACAA